AUUUGCUUUUGAUAAAAAUGUCCGAUUUUUCAGUCAAGCGAGCCUGCGCUCCCUGUGUUCUGGGGAACACAGUUUAGCGAUGCGCAUGCGCAAAAUUAUCACACACAAAAAGAUGGCUGCCGGCAUGAGUGGAGUUUCAACUAUCUUGCCCAAAGCUGGAGGGCCAGUAGAAGUCGUAUCUGAUGAAGGGUUGUAUGGAGUACCUGAUAAAAUGAAAAAUGGAUUUUCAGGAGCAAGACAGAGACUUACUGCGGCUCAUCCACUAGAAUAUUCUGAAAUAAAUUUUACUAAAAACCAAGAGCGUCUUGAUAUGAAGAUGCUGAGAAACACCCAAGGGCUGCAUGCUCCUCUGAAACUACAGAUGGAGAGAGCAGUUACCUCCAAGAUUCGUCGGCUGCCAUGUCUACCUAGCUCAAUGGUGGCCCUAGAUACUGUUCUUGGAACUGAUGAUGUCAUAGGCUUUGAGGACUAUCUAGGUGAUCCAUUAGACCAAGAGGUCAUGGGGGAUGCACACAGCCUUAUGGAGAGGAAGCUUGGAAUACACUGAUCUCUAAUUCUAUCAACUUGCUCGCAUUUUCUGUCUUAUUGUCCACAAAGCUCUUUUACUGUACAUUAUGCUAGGCAUUGACUAUCUAAAAGCCUGCACUGUUUGACCCUGGAAAUAUAAUGGAAUUUGAAGCCAUGUGGAGGUAUGAUCUUUCAUUCAUGUGGGUCAGAUUUUGAUGGGGCAGGAUCUUUAAAAUAUAAAUUGGACUUUGCCACACGAAAGCAUGGCCUAUGCAAACACUGCAGCUUUCUGAAGCAUGGACAUUGAAAAAUGUAAAUGUACUGUAACAUCUGAAAUAAAGCUAUGUCUUAGUA